CAAAAAUUUUCAUUCACUGGUUGUUAUCGUGCUUGGAAAGAUUAUAUCAACCCUCUUUUUGAAAGUAGAACCGAUUCAAGUUUUCUUAUUUACGAUAUGAUGAAAGGGUAGCGAUGCCUGGAAUUGCCUCUGCUUUUUGUUUGCUGCAUAAGGGUGUGGCCUUAUGGUUGAUGCCUGCUGGCAUAGUUUAUGGUGCGUAGCCUGUAGAUGCAUGGGGCCAUAAAAAGAAAAUCGCGUGGAAAUACUGAUUUGAAAACUUGAAAGGCAAGGAUCCUCUGAAAAGCUCAGAAUGGAUGUAGGAGAACUGCUUGACUAUAAGCCGGACACGGAACCUCGUCGCGAUGACGAAGACAUAAGUCGCCCUCCGAAACGUUUCAAAGACGCCAAUGGAGCAUCCACAUCGAGUCGAGCGCCGGAGAUUAAUGCAGAUGACUUGCCAGAUGCAGAGCUUGCGCCGGAACUAACUGUGCAAUCGUUGAAAAAGCUUAUUUUAAAAUUCGAACGUCAGACGCUUAAGAACAGAGAGCUACGAAUCAAGUUCCCCGACCAGCCUGAAAAGUUCAUGGAUUCGGAAAUUGAAUUAAAUGAAGUAAUACAAGAAAUGCACAUUGUUGCGACACAUCCAGAACUUUACCCAAUACUCGUCCAACACAACACUCUUGAAUCUCUUCUUAGUCUUCUAGGUCAUGAGAAUUCCGAUAUUGCCAUAGCUGCAGUUGACCUCCUACAGGAAAUGACGGACGUUGAUACCUUAAAUGAGAGUGAGGAGGGCGCACUUGCCCUCGUAGACUCACUGAUCGAGAAAAGAGUGGCGUUCCAGUUGGUAGAGAACAUGCAGCGCCUUAACGAGACAAUUAAAGAGGAAGCUGAUGGGGUUCAUCAUUCAUUGGCUGUUAUUGAGCACAUCGCUGAAUUCCGGCCAGAGUACGCAGCUUCCGCUGCCCAAGAGGGCUUAAUGGCGUUUCUUCUACGGCGUCUUCGUGCCAAAAUGCCUUUUGAUGCAAACAAGUUAUACGCUUCUGAAAUCUUAGCCAUCUUACUUCAAAACUGCGAACCUAAUCGGAAAAUGCUUGGCGAAAUUGAAGGAAUCGACAUUCUGCUACAACAGCUGUCGCAUUUUCGACGUCACGAUCCUAGCAACUCCGAGGAGUUCGAAAUGAUGGAAAAUCUUUUUGAUGUACUAUGCUCGGCUUUACUUCUGCCAGCUAAUCGCGACCGUUUCUUAAAAAGCGAGGGGCUGCAAUUGAUGAAUCUGCUACUAAAGGAAAAACGCCAGUCGAGGUGCGGCGCCCUUAAAACCCUUGAAUACGCCCUUCAGGGUCCGGAAGGCACUGAGAACUGUAACAAGUUUGUCGACAUCCUUGGUCUUCGAGUGCUCUUUCCACUAUUGAUGCAUACGCCAAAAAAGAAAAAGAGCAGAAGUUACACUCCAGAAGAGCACGAAGAGCACGUUAUAUCCAUCAUCUGUUCACUUCUAAAGAACUGCAGAUCGGCACAACAUGAGAGAUUGCUAAAUAAAUUUAUCGAGAACGAACAUGAAAAGGUGGACCGAAUAAUGGAACUACACUUUAAAUAUUCUGACAAGGUCCGACAAGCUGAGCGCGAGAUUGAAAUCGAGUAUAUGGACUCGGAAGAGUACAGCGCUGAAGACAUCUAUCUGAAAAAGCUCGAGCGUGGCCUCUACACACUGCAGUUGAUAGAUUACGUCAUCGUGGAUAUUAGUGCUGCGGGACCGGAGUCCGUUAAGAAGAAAGUGUUGCAGGUUCUCAACAUGCGUGGCGGCAGCGUUAGCCAGGUUCGACAGAUUAUGCGAGAAUACGCUGGAAACCUUGGUGACGGCAGCGAAAACUCGUCAAAGGCCGAACACGAUAGGAUUAUGCAGCUAAUCGACCGAUUCUAGGCUUCCAAGAUAAUAAUUAUUCUCGUAUUCAUUCCACCGACAACGGGAUAGCUAUAUUAAAUUUUCGUUAAAUUUUAGCUUCCAUUAUAAUCGUAGAAACGGGUCGGAAACUGUUCGCUUUGUGUAUAAGUCUGUAAAUAAUAAUAACAAUAACACUCAA